GUAUUAUUGUAUCAUUCAAACUUCAUUAUCAUUAUAUUCAACUUCAAUAUGCAAUUAAUCUUGAUAAAGCUGGGAAAAAAGAUAUCUAUAAAAUAGAUCAAUUGCAGAUUUCUUGGAGUAAAGUAUCAGAUGAAAUGAUCCAAAGAUGUUGGUUCUAUACAAAAAUCAUAUCUUCUUGUGAUGAAAGUGGAAUAUCUGUUGUUUUCCCUAUUGCUGUUGAAAGCAUUGAUAAUGUAAAAGAAAACCUACCUCUUAAUUCUAAUGAUCAACAAACAGAACAAGAAGUAUAUUAUCAGUUUACUGAUAAAAACCUAAUUCAGACUGCUAUAAAAAUAGAACAGGUAGAAAAUGAAUUUGUUGCACUGCCUCUAACUGGAGAAAAACAAUUGAAUAUUUUACAUAGUGCUCUAAGGAUUGUUGAUGAAAGAAUUUAUGAUGGUAGA